AUGAACUGUUAUUCAUCUUUAUUUCACAGGAUUCUGCUCUCAUUUGCCUCCAAAUUGGAAAUUUCUCUGAAUCGCUUCAUCCAAAAUGAUAUCAACACUUAUUAUUUGGUAAAUGGAGUUCCACAAACCUCCGAAGUGCAGCGGAACCCUGACGUGCUGAACUACACCCUGAAGGACACAGAGAGGGGGAGGUCACCUGCUGAGAUCUUCAGUCGAGCUCUGGGGAAGGUGAGGGAGGACUUGAAGACACUCGGCUGCCAAGCCACGCUGGAAAAAUAUGAUUCCUACUCAGUAAAGGAAUAUCUAGUGAAGGAGGGCAACCUGAGCCGUGGUGCUUUAAGGAUGAUCGGGGACAUCCUCAACGAAAACAGCCUCUUCUACCUCUCACUGAUCGAGAUCCUGUACAUUCAGUCAGACAUCGACGACAACAUCGAGUACUUUGAAGUGGCCGAUGGUUUUGAACACCUCCCGAGAGCUUUCUACCAGGUAUUAAAUGCCACCAUCUUUUUCAACGCUAGGGUUAACCUCAUCAACCAAUCAGGUGGCAGCAAUGUGACUGUAUCAUACACAGACCGGCAUAAUUUAAGCUCCACGACCAACCUAACUGUUGACUAUGCCUUGGUGACCACCACAGCCAAGGCCACACUGUUCAUCAACUUCUUGCCACCACUCUCUAGUGAAAAGAUGGAGGCCCUGCGCUCCAUCCAUUACACCAGCGCCACCAAGGUGAUACUCAAUUUCAGGGAGCGCUUCUGGGAGAAAGAGGGCAUCAGAGGAGGGAAGAGCAUCACAGAUCGGGCCUCGCGCUUCAUCUACUAUCCCAGUCACAGCUUCCCAGGCACGAAACAAGGGGUGCUCUUGGCAUCCUACACGUGUUCUGAUGAUUCAACUCUCUUCCAAGGAUUGAGUGACCAAGACCUGAUGGCAGUGGUCCUGGAGGACCUGGUGAAGAUCCAUGGAGAAAACAUCAGGUCUCUGUGGACAGGUGGACUGGUGAAGAAAUGGGGCUUGGAUCCUUACAGUCUGGGAGCCUUCGCCCUCUUUACACCCUACCAGCAGGGGCAGUACACCCAAGAACUGUUUCAAAGUGAAGGCAGGGUCCAUUUUGCAGGAGAACAUACGGCUACACCUCACGGCUGGAUUGAAACUUCCAUCAAAUCUGCACUCAGAGCAGUUCAAAACAUCAACAGCCUCACAAUUUAGUUGGAAAUGUUCUUAAAUUGCACAACCUCUCUCAGCCAAGAUAAUUCAAAGGGGAUUUCUAUCUUCACUGUGUUUUAACUUGAAGCGUGCCGCACCCCAGGCAAAUCAAAGACUUGGAAAGUCCUGUUGAUAUCAUGGACUUCACUGUGGUACAUCGUGAGCUCAACCCGUGAUGACGCACCAUGAUUUUCUUUGAAAUGUCAAAAAAUGAUCCACUAUCUUGCCGUGUCAACGUACUGGUGCAUCUUGUUGUAAACGGCCAUGAACAAAUAAGAUGAUGUCAUGACUGCAACACCAAGUCCUCCAGAUACCUCCAAGAAACCAACAAGAAACAUUCAAGAGCCUGUGACUGCGAUACUCUUCCACCUCUUCAGCAUCAUUCAUAAUCAUUGUCCCCAUUUCAGUGAUGAAAAUACGCAACAAACCCGGUAUCUCUAACUGAAUUUGGGACGCUAGGUCUUGUUGACAUAUUUAAAUGUGGUGGCGUGUCAUACUGGCCUUGUAACAUUUCAUACUGGCUGCCACAAUUCUAAGUGACUGAUGAAGUUGUAGCAGUGUCUUGUGUUAAUUCUGCGUUUAGUAACAGUGUUGCAGCGGUGUCGUGACUACGUGAUGGGUGGGGAUACUGUGAGCCAAAUUCAAGUGAACUGUCAAAGUAUAGCUUGCAGAGAUCUUUUUGACAAGAUGUGAACAUGGAAAACCUCCUCAAUUCAUGAUACAUUCAAAAAUUGAAAACAAAAUUAUGUACGACAUAUUCCAACUUUCCCUCUAGAUAUUAAAUUAAAUCUCAUAACCUGUUGGCUGUACACUGCAAUUUUGGUGUCAAUACUCAAAUUUCCACAGGCUUAAAUACAAACGCCGUUUGAAACG